UAACGCGACGACGCGUCUCGAGCAACCAAAAAAGCUGCGACCUUCACAAUUCCUCCAGCAACACCACCACAGCUCUCACCAUGGCGCUCAUUGUUGACAAGCACCGACCGCGGUCGCUGGAGGCCCUGACAUAUCACCACCAGCUUUCGGAGCGACUUCAGUCUCUCGCACAAAGCGGUGAUUUUCCUCACCUCCUCGUUUACGGACCCUCGGGCGCUGGAAAGAAGACGCGAAUAGUAGCAACACUCAAGGAGCUCUAUGGACCUGGUGUGGAAAAGAUCAAGAUCGAUGCCCGAGUAUUUCAGACCACGAGCAAUCGAAAACUCGAGUUCAACAUCGUCGCCUCCAUCUACCACCUUGAGAUCACACCGUCGGACGUGGGCAACUACGACAGAGUCGUUAUCCAAGACUUGCUCAAGGAAGUUGCACAAACACAACAGGUCGAUCAGUCUGCAAAGCAAAAGUUCAAGGUCGUCGUCAUCAAUGAGGCCGACCACCUGAGUCGAGAUGCCCAGGCCGCGCUGCGACGAACGAUGGAAAAGUACUCACCAAACUUACGACUGAUCCUCUUGGCAAAUUCGACAGCCAAUAUUAUUGCGCCGAUUCGCUCCAGAACACUGUUGGUCAGGGUGGCAGCGCCGACCCACGAGGAAAUCUGCGACGUGCUGGCUGUAUCAGCCAAAAAGGAGGGCUGGCCGACUGUGAAGGGUCUCCACCAAAGAAUAGCGGUGGAGAGUGGACGGAAUCUGCGGCGAGCGUUGCUCAUGUACGAGGCAGUGCAUGCACAGAAUGAGAAAGUUACCGACAGUACGCCCAUCCCCCCGGCAGAUUGGGAGGCACUCAUCGGACAAAUUGCCAAGGAGAUAUUGGAGGAGCACACACCAGCCAGGAUCCUACAGGUGCGGUCGAAGCUAUACGACUUGUUGACGCACUGCAUCCCUCCCACCACCAUCCUCAAGACGUUAGCAUUCAAACUGAUUUCUCUCAUUGAUGAUGGCCUAAAGGGCGAAGUAAUUCAAUGGGCGGCUUUUUACGAGCACCGGAUCAAGACGGGAACCAAGGUCAUCUUCCAUCUAGAGGCGUUUGUAGCAAAGUUCAUGAGGGUCCUUGAGAUGUAUCUAAUGAGCAUGGACAUGUAAGAAUUUCUGGUGUACGAUCGGCGUUGGGGUAAGGUCUAGGUAGCAAGGUUUAUGCGAUUGAAUGUCACAAUCGUGUUACGGUGUCCAAUGAUCCUCCGAGGACUCUUUGCGAUGACACGUCUCCUCUUGUGCGCCGUCCUGGGUCAAGAAGGAGAAUCCUGCCCAAAAUAUGGCCUGAUGAUGGGGAAGGGAAUCUCGGGGUUCGGAUGAGGGGUGUCAAUCCCUGAUAAUGCACCCGUAUUGAUGGAGG